AGGGCAUUUUUUAAAAAUUGGGACAAAUGUCUUGAACAGCUGGGAGUAACUGGUCCAUCUGACUGGACCACAAAAACACAAGAACAAUGACAGAAAGCCUACUUCAGGCCUUUUGCAUCUUGGGAGUCGCCUUGGGGGUAGGCGCUGGGUUUCUGCUGAGGGCUCUAGUUCCUCUAACUCAACUUUUGAAAGACUGGAUCGAAGUACCAGGGAGCAUGCUUCUACAGAUGCUUAAGAUGUUUGGCCUCCCCCUCAUCGUGACAAGCGUGCUUGCAGGAGUAACUGGAUUAAACACCAGAAUGUCCAGGAAAACUGCUAUCAUCACAGGGACCUUCAUCUGUGGCUCUACCUUCAUGGUCGUAAUUCUCGGAAUGUUUCUGGCUCUCACAAUCAAGCCUGGUGUGACAGUAAAUAAAAAGGAUGACAGGGACACUGACAAUAAGGACGCGUCAACCUUCGUCUUGCACGUGAUCAUGCAGGAUCUUAUUAGGAAUACGGUUCCAGAGAACUUCUUCCAGGCUUUUUACGAGCAGUACAAGACUGAGGUUAUAACAGACCCUGGCCUCUCCCUUGAUCCAAACCUGAAUGGCACUGAGACGAAACUAGUAGGCAAGUAUGUUGAUGCACCCAACAUGAUAGGACUGGUCAUCUGGUCAUUUGUCAUCGGCAUCAUGUUAAACAUCAUUGGACAGCAGGCAAGAAUCGCAGUGGAGGCCAUUCAAUGCCUCAACGAUGCCGUAAAAGUCAUAGUCAACUGGAUCCUGUGGUACUUGCCAAUUGGAGUUUUGUUUCUGAUCAUAGACCAUGUGUUGGAUGUGCGUGACUGGGAUGCUGUCCUUAAGCUUGCAAAGUUUGUAGGAGUGGUUUUUGCAGGGGAAGCAGUCCAAGCCUUCGUUAUUUUCCCCUUGCUUUACCUCAUUCUCACCAGACGGAACCCUUUUCAUGUCUUCAAGCACAUCUCUAGGGCUUUGACGACAGCAUUUAUCAUUGCAUCCAGUGCCGCCACUCUGCCUSUCACCUUGCAAUGCUGUGAAGAGAACGUGAAGGUCGAUAAGAAACUCUGCCGCCUUAUGUUGCCCAUCAUCACCAGCAUCAAUAGAACUGGAACGGCAUUCUAUGAAGUGGUCGCUACUGUCUUUAUUGCCCAACUUAAUGAUGUCAAGCUGGAAAUCGGCCAGAUCAUCGCCAUUGGCUUGUCUAGUGCCAUUGUCACCUUUGGAACUGCAGCGAUCCCACAAACAGGAGCUGUGACCACUAUCCUGAUUCUGACAGCUGUGGGACUGCCUGCAGAGGAUGCUGCCAUUCUGGUUGGGGUGGAGUGGAUUCUAGACCAU